AUGAUCCUUGAACAUAAAAAUACUGACACAAUCGACAGAAAACUUUUUUUUAAAUUUGUUUCUCACUUGGGACACGUGUUGUCUACGAAAACAUUUCACGAAAAUGAAAAAAAUGUACAGAAAGAAAAGGUCUCAAAUAAUCAAGACAUAAAUAACCAAUCCUCAAAAGCUUCAUCUUCUCAUAAAUUAGUAUAUUCUUCUAUUGAACAAAGAAGAUGCCAUGAUGUCGAUUUAUCUGAUCAAGAAGUGACAGAUAAUACUUCGAAGAAGUGUUCUGUUUCUGCAAAAAGUUCUUUAAAUAGUAUAGGCAGAGGUACGGAGCCAAAAGAUGAAUAUAACGCAAUAAAAUAUUCACUUCAACGUGUUGAAAGAUCAUUGGCAGACAUAAAAUUUAACCUUCAUCAUCUAACUGAGCAAUUUGAAAUUACAAGAAAUAACUUAAACUCAAAUGUUAAUCAUUCACGAGAACGUUGCCCUAUGCCAAAUAACACAUUGAGUAAAAUGUCCUUUCCUCUAAAAACUGUUGAAGAAAUCGAGUUGUUACAAUUUAUUCUUACAUCAAACGAAGAAGGAAUAAAAGAGAGUAUGUUUAACAUGUUGGCAGCUAUUGGUGGAAGUAGCUAUGAAGAAAUGUCGAAAAGAAUGUUUAUUUAUGUUUUUACAAAUGAAGCAGCCAGUGCAUACAAUUGGGUGGGAGAAAAAGGAAAACGGAAACUUCAUCACUUUGAAUUAAUGAAAAUAAUGUUAAAUGUUGUCAGAAAGACAUUUCCUAAUGUAACAAAGAAAGAGUUCGAAAUAAAAUGUAAAGAUUGGUUCAGACACGCAAAACACCGAGCUGAAAAUGAAAAGUUGCGACAAACUAAUUUAGCAAAGCAAAAUCAACCAAAUAUCGAAAAAACUAACUAA